GUGUAGUUAGCAUUACUCAUUGCCAUAAGUUGAAUUUUUACUCGCAAAAAAUGAGUUCCGUCGACAUACUAUCUAUAAAAAGAACGUCGAGGAAAACUGCUCUAAUUGUACCAAUAAUGCGAGCGAUAAUUAAACUAAUUAAGCAAUGGACUCGUGGGCUUGCUAAACAACCUUUACCAGUAGCAACGAAAAUUUCUGCGUCGAAUAGUUUGAAAAUACAUCCUCGCCAAGAUGAAUUGGCAGAUUUCGCCGCUGACGGUCAUCAAUUUCGUGACAAAUCUGAUGAACAUACUCUUCCCAACCAAUUUCUCCUCGGACAUGCUAUUACAGAUGAACGUCAACAUCGUCGAGAGGAAAAUCAGCAUGAAGGAUUUUGACUUUCCCAUGGAAUCGAUGGAGGUCGCUCGAGCUUUGGCGCUGAAUCGAUUUCCGGACAAAUUUCUAUUCGGUGCAGGAUCGUCGGCAUAUCAAAUCGAAGGGGCGUACGACGCCGAUGGAAAAGGUUUAUCGGUAUGGGACUUUUGGACGCACAAUGAUGCUUCACCCAUCGUCGAUAAAAGCAACGGCGACGUCGCUUGCGACUCGUACCACAAAUACGCCGAGGACGUGAACCUUGUGAAAAAUUUGGGGGGAAAUACGUAUCGAAUCUCAUUGUCGUGGUCACGAAUACUCCCGCACGGUUUGUCACAUUUCGUCAACAUCCAAGGAAUAAAGUACUACAACAAUCUAAUCAAUACCAUGAUAUUGAACGGUGUAACGCCAAUGGUGACCAUGCACUACUACGAUGUACCGGUAAAGUUACAAUUGAUGGGUGGUUGGACGAAUCCACAGAUGGUCAAGUAUUUCGAGGACUACGCACGCGUUGCCUUCAAUUAUUUUGGAGACAGGGUCAAACAUUGGAUAACAUUUAACGAUCCGUUCGAUUUGUGCAACAUACACUUCGGCAAUGCCUACAAGCCUUGGUACAACGACAGCGCGGUCGGCAAUUACCUGUGCGGUCACCACGUUCUUUUGGCUCACGCGAGGGUCUAUCACCUAUACCGCACGGAGUUUCAUUGGCUUCAGAAAGGUAAAGUGGGCAUAAGUAUCGGCACACAGUGGUUCGAGCCUAAAGAUCCCACGUCGUUGGACGACGUAGAGGCGACCGAAUUGAGCUUCCAGUUCGGCACCUACUGGUUUUUGAAUCCUUUGCUCGGAGAGCUAGGCGAUUACCCAGAUCUCAUGAAAGUCGAGGUGGAAAUUAAGAGUGCAUUGCAACGCUAUCAGACGUCGAGGCUGCCGAGUUUUACUCUCGACGAGAAACAAAUGAUCAAACAGAGCCUCGACUUUUUAGGGAUCAAUUUCUUCACCAGCUUUUACGUGCAAUCCAUUGCGGAUGAUGUCGAGAUCAUAUAUCACUACGACAGCGUGAUUCGAAAUGAGUCGGUUUGGAAUGACAUGAGGUCGCAGUGGAUAUUUUUCGACAAGAGUACACCUGAAAAUUUCGCAAAAUUAUUGCAAAGGUUAAACAAGGACUACAUUUUACCCCAAGUGUAUAUAACUGCAAAUGGUUUCAUCGAUAAAGGCAACAUUUACGACGUGGACAGAGCUUUGUAUCAUGUUAAUCACUUGAUCGAAUUGUUUGUCAAGAUGUUUGAUGGCAUUGACGUGAGAGCUUACAUCGCUUGGUCUCUACUCGACGAAUUUCAGUGGAUGGAUGGUUAUACACAAAAAAUGGGCCUUUACUCCGUUGACUUUGAAGAUCCCGAGCGUCCGAGAUCAGAAAAAUUCUCAGCUACAAUUUUGAAAAGCAUUUACAAGUCGAAAACCGUAACAAAGAUUACAGAGCAACUUCUGCAAAGUUGA